AUGCCAAAGAACACCAAGGUGACUCAGCGGGAGCACAGCAAUGAGGCCGUCACUGAGUCUGUGGCUGACCUUCUGUCCCUGGAGCAUCCCAUGGACUAUAAGAGCAGUCAGAUGAGUAUGGGGCUCAGUCCUGGAUCCACUGCCCCAGGAAGGUCCCUGCUCCCUGAACAAGACUUAGAGGAUGGCCGACCUGCAUGGAACAACAAGUUGGAGUACAUUCUUGCUCAAGUGGGCUUCUCAGUUGGUCUGGGAAAUGUUUGGAGAUUUCCCUACCUGUGCCAGAAGAACGGUGGAGGUGCAUACCUGGUGCCCUACUUCAUCCUCCUUCUCCUCAUUGGGAUCCCUUUGUUUUUCCUGGAGUUGGCAGUGGGUCAGAGGAUCAGGCGUGGAAGCAUCGGGGUGUGGAACUACGUCUACCCACAGCUGGGGGGCAUUGGGGUUUCUAGCCUCAUGGUGUGCGGGUUUGUUGGCCUCUAUUAUAAUGUAAUUAUCGGCUGGAGUAUCUUCUAUUUCUUCCAGUCGUUUCAGUAUCCGCUUCCUUGGGCUGAAUGCCCUAUCAAGAAAAAUGGAACCCAAGCCAUUGUGGAGCCUGAAUGUGAGAAGAGCUCAGCUACCACCUAUUUCUGGUACCGCCAGACUCUGAACAUCACCAGCACAAUUGACGACACCGGUGGCCUGAACUGGAAGAUGACCCUGUCCCUGCUAGUGGCUUGGAUCUUGGUCUGCCUGGCCGUUAUCAAGGGCAUCCAGUCCUCUGGGAAGGUAAUGUACUUCAGCUCUCUGUUCCCGUAUGUGGUGCUCUUCUGUUUCCUGAUACGAGGGUUGCUGCUGAAGGGUGCGGUGGACGGCAUAGCUCACAUGUUUACUCCCAAGCUGGAAAAGAUGUUGGAGCCACAGGUGUGGAGAGAAGCAGCUACCCAGGUCUUCUUCGCCCUUGGCCUUGGCUUCGGAGGCGUCAUUGCGUUCUCUAGCUACAAUAAGAGAGAUAACAACUGCCACUUCGAUGCAACACUGGUUUCUAUCAUCAAUUUUGUCACCUCCAUCUUGGCCACUUUGGUGGUGUUUGCUGUACUUGGCUUUAAAGCUAACAUCAUGAAUGAGAAGUGUGUUGUCGAAAAUGCAGAGAAGAUCCUGGGUUACCUGGAAAAAGGUGUGCUGAGCAGAGAUCUCAUUCCUCCUCAUGUCAACUUCUCCCACCUGACAGCACAGGACUACUCGGAAAUGUAUGGCGUCAUCAAGACGGUGAAGGAGGACAGCUUUGGCCAGCUGGGUCUGGACCCCUGUAUCUUGGAGGACGAACUUAAUAAGGCGGUUCAGGGUACCGGCCUUGCCUUUAUUGCCUUCACAGAGGCCAUGACACACUUCCCCGCCAGUCCAUGCUGGUCUGUCAUGUUUUUCUUCAUGCUGAUCAACUUGGGACUGGGAAGCAUGAUCGGAACCAUGACUGGAAUAACUACACCCAUACUGGAUGCCUUCAAGAUCCGCAAGGAGAUCCUGUGUGUGGUUUGUUGCAUAAUAGCCUUCCUGCUGGGCUUGCUGUUUGUUCAGCGUUCAGGGAACUACUUUGUCACCAUGUUCGAUGACUACUCUGCUGGUUUGCCACUCACUGUGGUUGUGAUCCUAGAGAACAUCUCUGUCGCCUGGAUAUACGGCACUAAGAGAUUCAUGCAGGAUCUUGAGGACAUGCUUGGUUUCAGGCCAUACAGUUUCUACUACUACAUGUGGAGAUAUGUGUCCCCAGCUGUCCUGGUGGUGCUCAUUGUUGCAACAGUCAUUGAGAUGUCAGUCAAUCCUGCAGGAUACAAUGCAUGGGUUGAAGAGGAGGGCUCAGAGCGUUUUCACAGCUACCCUCCAUGGGCGUUAGCCAUGGCAUACUCCCUCAUCGUGGUUGCCAUGCUGCCUUUGCCAAUAGUCUUCAUUGCCCGCCAAUUUAACUUGGUCUCAGACGGCUCCAACAAGCUCUCGGUUUCCUAUCGCAAGGGCAUGAUGAAGGAUAUCUCCAACCUGGAGGAGCAGGAUGAGCAGCGCUUCAUCCUCGGAAAGAAUCCCAGUGAGGCUCCCUCCCCCAUGCCCGCCCACCGGGCAUAUCUUGGGCCUGGUGGCACCCAGGAGAUGACCAACACCAAUUAUGGCACCUCCACCAAGACGGGAUACCAAAACAUUGGCUCUCCUGAGUCUGAGCUAUGAUCUAAUGAGCUUCAAUGUUUUCAUUCCUAUUACAAAAACCCAACUCAGCUAGAAGAGAAUUAAAGCAGGUGAAGAAAACUUUAAUACAGCAUUCCUUACAGCUUAACCUCUAGAGAGAAAACCCUCCAAUUUCUCCUUUUUCUGCUUCAUUACUAAUUUGCAGUACUUCUUUAUGUUUUUGCAAGUAACUGACAGCAGUGAGCAAUACAUUACAAUCAGCAUUUCUGUUUUUAUCGAAAGCAUUAUUGGGGCUGAAUUAGAGAAAAUGAUAUACAAAUGUAUAAUUGUUAUAGGAUAUUUUGGUGGGACAGAUCAUACAUAGAGAUGCACUAAAAAGUUUGUGCACAGAAACAAGGAAUCUGACUUUCCAUUGCUCACAACUUAAUCAAUCACAGUAUGUAGAAAUCAGGUUUCGAUCUGCCAGUCAGGAAACCAAAGGGCCUCAUGCUAAGCUCAAUGCUUUGUUUGAGGAGACUAUUCAAUAUAAGAAUGUUCUUAUAACUUUUUAUCUGCAAGAAAGCGAAAUUUCAGAAGAUUCCUUGAUUUAGAAUACUGUUGUUUAAUUCUUGUUAUCUUUCAAACUCUGUCACUCCUGAAACAUGUCAAUGCAACCCUAAUGUGAAAUAUUGAGAAUUUUGAGAAUUUUAGAGUUAACAGUAUAUAAUUCCUAGAAUAUUCAGAAAAGGUUGACUUUUUUUCUCAUGCUAGCGCCAGUAUUUUCUAACAUCUUUAAAUAUCCAAGCAGAAAUGCACCACAAAACUCUCUCUGAGGUUAAAUGCUUGGCAAUGCCACAAUGCUUUGGCAAGUAAACAAUCAAAUUGCUCUGGGUGAUCAGUUUAUACUUCUGCUUAUUUCAUUCAAGAGAGGCUGUGGGAAUAGGAUUGCAGAAGACUAAGAAGAAUCAAUCAUACUUCAUCUUAUCAGUACCAGAAACCUUUUCAUCUAGUCAAUAACUGAUCAAGCGUACAUCUACAACAAUAUGUACUUUGAGAUUAUUUACAAGCACAUUCUAUAUUUUUAUUUGUGUGUGCCUAUCAUGCAUCAGCAAUAAUGCCAGUGCUCAUAAAACCACGGAUCUCCUUUUAUCUCUCUUUUCCCUUCUAAUGUACAUUAGAACACUGUAUAUAUAUAUAGAUAUAUAUAGAUGUUGGGCAAUAGGUUGAGACACCACCAUGCGUACACACUGCAAUAGAGAAGAAAAAGAAGUUACCUCUGUCCCUCAUCAUUUCCACAAGCACAGGACCACAGACACCUAUGUUUAGAGAAUCUCUGAGCCUUAACACUUGUCUUCGAACUUAUGUUCCUCAUUAAUUGUGACAGAAAGCUAAGUUUGCCUGUGCAGGGCAUGUUUUAUACGGAGGCAGACAUAGAAGGAAGCUUGGUUAAUAUAAGCAGAUGAGCAAGUCUGAGUGCUGUCUGCUGCUGAAUAAGAGCUCCUGGCUUACCUGCCUGUUUAAAAAUAGAGCAGCGUUACCCAGGGGAAGCCGUGGCAACAUGCACCAUAGAAACAGAUUCUGUUCUGAUGUGGAGGAGGAGGAGGAGAGUAGCAGACACCUUGUUUUGUCUGCUCCACCUGCACAUCUAUUCAUACCCCACUUACAAUUCUUACCAGUGUUGCUAAAAGGACUGAAUAUAUGUGGUUCACUGCUAUACCUCUGUGGACCAGUACUUCAUCCCUGGGAGGAUGAUCUUUGGGUUUAGGUUUUGUACAUUCCUCUAAUAGUGACCACAGCACUCAAGCUAUACUUUCUGUUAUCCAAAGUGUAAAAACAAAGCCUUUUUUAUUCUAACUUCUAAUCCUGAAAGACAGUGGCAAUGUAACGUGAUAUUAAUGUUUUGAAUAAGUGAUAGUACCUGGGUUUGGCCACUAGAUGUAUCUGCUGCCUAGCAGAGGAUCCAGUGGUGUAAUUUUAUCUGUGGCCCCUCCCUGUUAGAGCACCAAUACCUGAAACUGCCACCAGAAAUGGAUAAAAGCAGAAUCACAUUGUGUGGUGCCUGAGCAGCAUCUGUGUUGUCUGCCUUAUGCUUUUGUCAUUUGAUCACUGUUUGCUUUGUAGUUUGUUUGCACUGAUGUUUUGUCUUGUUCACACAAGCACUUUAAUUAGAUUCAGACCCUGGAGUUGUUUGUUAAGCACAAAUGUGAGGAAAAACAUGUUUCAGGAAAAGAAAAAAAUAUAUAUAUAUAAAUGAGAUGUAUAAAGAAAGUGAUUUAUGAAUGUUAUCUACAUGCACAGGCAACCUUACACUUUUCCGUGUCUACUGAUUUCACAUUUGGAAAUCUGUGCAAUACAGUUAUCUGGAGUUAAAAUAUUCUGUCAUGUAAUACCUUUAACUCCAUUUUGAGCCAGUUUCUGAAACUUGUGCAGAAAGGGGUGAUGUGAAUGCAACAUUUCCAUGGACUUCAAGCCCUUUAUCACAUUAAAACACCCAAAGCAGCAAAAUUUUAACGAUCUCCAAAAACAACCCCAAGAUUUUCUUUAUCUUUAGCUUUUGUAGAGUUAAAUCACAAUGCACUUUUACAAAUAGUAAAGGCACUUAUUACAUUUCCUCACUAUUCCUUCUCUUGGAAUGUCUUAUUAAACUUUUUAAAGAUUUUAAUGUCUAAGUUAAAAUUGCAUGGCAGACGUUUUACCAAUGACACAUAACCUGAAAUAAUAGCACAUAUUUUAUAAAUCUGCAGCUUCAGCUGGAGGUCAAAGCACAUUUUAGGAUAGCACAACUAGAAGCAUGGACGGUAAUGUCAUGAUGAAUAAAAUGUUAAGUUGAACCUUUGAUCCCAUAGCCACAGGAUGGUGGUUGAUGAACGAACAUCUCGUCUACUUAAAUCCAGGAUCCUACAAAACGUUAAGCACACAUCUGCACAAUAAAACACACUGCCAUCAAUAAAAGUAACAGAACUGCCAUAAACAUUUUAUCUGCAGACAGAGACAUCGAUUAGAGCACAAUCCUAGUUACCUGCCAGAGUUUAUGGUAUUAUAACUGAUGAUCUAUGUAGAUUUUGCCUUAAAAUUUACAAAGAUGAUGACUCAGGCAGGAAAAAGCUAUUAUCACUUGGCUAUGAUUAGUAUGAUUGAAAACAAACACCCCAGGGUCUUUUUGUCUUAUCCACAUGUCCGCUGUGUCACAAGCAUCUUCUGGAAUUUAUCUCAGCUUAGUCAACAACAUGAGCUUGACAAAGUACCAGUAAAUCUAUUUAAAUGUGCAAAUAGUCUUUAUGUGACCAAACAUAGUUAUAUUUAUAGUAUUUAAGAUGAUGUAUUUAACCUGUAAAUAUUGAUGUAUAUUCUGAUAAAUUCACACUGAGUAUAUAUGUAGUACGAGUGACAGGGUGUAUACUUGAGCUGUAAAUAAUAAUUGUAUAUUUUUUAGAUAUUUUUUUGUACUGUCAGUACUGUUACAUUGGUAUCUGUUGGUUUCAGGUGUUUUUAUGUGAUUGUUGUUCAUGAUAAUAACCGAGAGAGCCUGUGUGUCUGUGUGUGCAACGGGGAGCAUCUGUUUGAAGUGAAAAUAUGUAUUGGUUUUCGGUGUUUCGCUCUGUGUUUUUCUCCUCUUUCAGUGUUGUGUGCCAGUACAUGAAAUCAAAUGUUGCUGUUGAGUGGGACCACUAACGUUUCAGCAAUCUCUUCUCUCUGUCUUUCUCUCGAACUGUGAUAGAAUCCAGUGCAAAACUUACAACGCAAUCAGGAAGACAUGUAUGACUGUAACAAUAAAACAGGAACUAUUUUGGUGAAUAGAGUGACAGUGUAAAAAGAAUACACUCUGGUAUGAAGAGGAAUUAAA